AUGGUAAGCAGGGCAGGGGGCGAACCCACAAACGAGCAAGUGGUUGCAAACACUUAUGCAAACAUGGGCACUGAAAUGAACCAGCUCUACACCAAGAUCACGGAGCUGGAAAUGGAAGUCAGUGAGCACUCUCUUGUGCUUGGCGCCAUAGAGCCCCUGGACCCCAUGAGGCGGUGCUACAGAAUGAUUGGUGGAGUCUUGGUUGAAAGGACCAUCAAGGAAGUGCUGCCCGCGGUGCACCGGAACAAGGAGGGCCUUGAAGAGGUGGUGGCUCGCAUGAAGGAGGCUCUGGAGACGAAGAAGAAAGAGAUGACCGAGUUUGAGCUCAAGUACAAGAUCAGGAACCGGAAGGGGGGCGAAAGCGGUGCCGAGGAAGGCAGCAUGAAGGAAGCCUCUGCUCAGCGUGUUCUUGUUGGCCCUGCAGGCCAGUACAGCAGAACGACGGGACAAAAAGGAGACUUUUGCAUAGUUGUUUAUCAAAGGCAGAUUGCUAUGUACCAACCUGACUGA